GCGUAAAAUCGUUAAUUCCUUUCUUGUUUUACAAACAUGCCAAGUAAAGCGAAAGAUGUUUUGUUGUCGUGAGAUUUUUAAUUUCAAAUUGAUUAUAUUUUCAUCGUUCCUGUUUUUAUUUGUUUCUUGUGAUAAAUAUAAAAUAAAUUUAGUGCCUGAAGAUGUUGUUACGGAUCUUUAUUUAAAAUAUAAGGAAGCAAUUACAGAUAGUAUAGUAUAGUUUUAAAUAUAUUAAUUCAGCUAAUUAAACAAUGGGAUAAACAUAACCUGUCAUCGCGCCGGUUGUUUAAGAAUAACAAGCAAUACGAGAUACAUGUUAAGAAACUUAAAGAUGUUAACGGGUUUAAAGUACAUAAUCUUAUGAUUCAGGAAAACUUAAGAACCAAUUCCGAACCUUUGAUCUACAUAAACAAUCCAGUUGAAUCAAAGAUUCCAAAAGCCUAUCUGUCUUUGGAAGAAUUUAAAAAUAUUUUAACCGAUAGAGUGAUGACACAAAGAAAGAAAUUAACCACGAAGCAAAACAUGAAGUUAUUAAAAAAAUAUUCAAAUAGAAAUGUUAACUUCAAAAGGACGACAAAAACUUUAGAUAAUAAAGUAAAAUAUAUCAAAGUGAUCGAUAAAAGUAAUUUUUAUAUUACUAAAGAUAAUAAAGUAACAAAAGAGAAACUAGUAAAAGAAAUUGAACCAGUUUCGGAUACAAUCAAUGCUAGAUCAAUUAUUACCGAAUUAAAUACUUAUACGAUAAAUAAUAAAUUAAAAGCUACAAAAGCUAUCAAUACAAAGAACGUUGAUUUUACGGAAGGUAUUAAAAUUACAGAAAUGGAAUCAGUUUUGGACACAAUCGCUGCUGAACCAAGGAUUACUAAAUUGGAAACUUUUAUUACGAAACCAAUAUUGACAAUCAGCAAUACUGAUGCUAUAAAUAAUUUAAAAACUAUGUAUAAAGAAAAAUCAACUGAAAAAAUCGUGAAACACUUAUUUGAAAAAUAUUCAGAUAGUAAUAAGUUCUUAGAUAAAGUUCUAGCGACGUCGGAUGAAAUAAGCGUUAUACAUACAGCUACCAAUGAAAGUAUUGUAAGAGUUGAAGGUUAUACACAUAGUACUGAACAACAAUUAGCAAAAACAACUAUAGAAAAUGUCACAAACGACGGCUUAGUCACGGCGGAAAAAAAUAUUACUAAUCAAGUUACUGACAAAAAUAUUCAACAAUUUAAUGAAGAGAUAAACAAUAAAAGUAAAGUAAUUACUACAGAUUUAGAAACGUCACGAGAGAAAACAAAUACGGUACAAAUGACUUCAGCUAAAGAAACGCCAAGAAGAAAGACGACUUUGAAACAGUCCGAAGUUUUACAACAUUCCAAAAAAACACUAAAAAAAGUAAAGAGAAGUACUUUAGGCCGACCACUAGUUUUUAUGGGUAAACAAUAAAUCGAAUUAAUAAUUAAAUUUUAUCUUACCUUAUUGAUUUAAAAUAAACUAGAAUCCAAGUUAUUGCAAAUGCAAUAACUAUAACAGUCUUCAACUGGCUUCUAACAUCACUUUAACAACUAUUAUUUCAAAAAAGCUCACUUAUAGAAUACCGAACCGUAUAAGAUUAAGCCUUUGCGUAUCUGAAAACAUGAAACGGUGUUCCCGCCAAACUAAAUGUCAAAUUGUCAAACGCGCGAACAUUGUGCCUGCGCUUCAGAAUAAAGGCGCCACUUCACUGAUUACAAAAUACAGUCUCACGUGGAACUGACUGUACUCCGCUUAUACCUUUAUAUCUACGAAGGGCUGUUAACGAGAUAGCUCUAUUUGACAGAGUAAAAACAGAAAGAGACAGCCAUAACAUCGAGUGUCAACUCCCAUUGUAAGCCGCUUACUGCGCUUUGGACUGCUCAUUUGCGGGAAAGAGACGUCUAGCUUUUUAUCUGCGUUUCAGUUUUAAUUCGCGCCCCGCCCAUUCCUCUUUUAUCCCCGAGUGGUGGGGUGAAGUUGGACAGUUUUAAAUUAUCUAUUGUAAUAAAAUUAUUUCGUAAAAUAAGGAGUUGGUUUUGGUAA